AUGUUUGCGGAGCAAUCAACUCAUCGCAAUUCUAGUGAACACUCAUCUAGAAGAUCCAGCGAAUAUUCACUUAGUUCCCAGAUUAAAGUCCAGGUCGAUGAAAAGAAAAUGGCAAAAGGUGCAUUAUACAAAAUGGCCUUUGGUAGUUGCAGGAAUUUGCUUGCUGUCAUCCCAUCUUUUAUUAGUGGUGGUGGUACUAUUUUAACCUUCUUUAUGUUCGGUAAAAUUCUUAAUCUAAUCUCAUCUUAUUCCUUGGCUCCAGAUCCGAAGUUAUACGACCAAUGUCUCAAGUAUAUUUACGGCAUGAUUGGUAUAUCUUGUGGUUUAGCAAUUUGCAAAUUCUUGCAUCAAUAUGCAUGGAUUAGAAUUGGAUGCGAAAUAUCGUGCAAGAUUCGAAGAGAUCUUUUCAAAAACAUGAUGCAAAAUGAUGUGACAUUCUUUGAUACAAAUCCAAUAGGUGGGAUUUUAACUCUGCUCUCUGAAGAUGCUCAACAAGUUCAGCAAGCAUUCGGUACAGAUAAAGGAACACAAAUAUCAAACCUUACCCAGUUUAUCACUGGUAUUAUCUUUGCAUAUGUAUAUUCUUGGAGACUUGCAUUGAUUGCCACAGCUAUAAUUCCUGUUGCCGCCAUCAUUAUGACUUUCUUUAUGCCAGGAAUUAUUAAGAUAACAGCAACAAGAUUUCUUUGCCUUUCUAAGUCAAUGACUAUUGCCGAAGAAACUCUCUCAUCAAUCAGAACUGUCAGGGGAUUCAAUAUGGAAGAAAAUGAAGCAAAAAGAUUUGAAAAAUCUCAAUAUGAAACAAUCAAAUGCGAAAGGAAAAUUGGUUUCCUGAUUUCUGGAAUGAGCACAAUCGUUUUAACACUUCUUUGGACAAUGGUACUUUGCAAUCUUUAUUACGGAACACAUUUAGUUGAGAAAUCCCGUAAAGCAGAUGGAACAUUUGGUUUCGGCAUCGGUGACUUAAUGUCUUGCUGGGGCUAUUGCAUGUUCGGUUGUAUGGGUAUCUUAAUGCUCCAAGGUUCACUUCAGGGAGAACAAAGAGCAAUUGCUGCAGGUGCAAGAAUUUUCAAAUUAUCAAACACACCGCCAUCUGUUCCAUUUGAAGGUGGAAUCGAAUCAGACAUCUUUAUUGGUGAUAUUGAAUUCAAGAAUGUUACAUUCCGAUAUCCAACUCGUCAAAUCAAUGUUCUGAAUAAUGUCUCAUUCAAGAUUAAAAGUGGACAAAUUGCUGCAUUAGUUGGCCACUCAGGUUCAGGAAAGUCAACAUGUGUCCAAUUACUUGAGAGAUAUUAUGAUGUUAACGAAGGUAUUAUUCUUCUUGAUGGAAAAGAUAUCAAAGAGUACAACCCACGUUGGCUACAUCAUAAGAUAGGCUUAGUUGGACAAGAACCAACACUAUUCUCAACAACAAUCAAGGAAAAUAUUCUCUAUGGAAUCGAAAGAGCAACUGAAUCUCAAAUUGAUACCGCUGCUGAAAUCGCAAACGCCAAGAAGUUCAUUGACAAACUUGAUAAGAAGUAUGACACUUUAGUUGGUGAUCGCGGUGGUCAGUUGUCAGGUGGUCAGCGUCAGAGAAUUGCUAUUACAAGAGCAGUAAUCAAGAAUCCAAGAAUUCUCUUAUGCGAUGAAGCAACAUCUGCUUUAGAUGCUGAAUCAGAAAAGAAGGUUCAAGCUGCUCUCGAUAAGGUUCUUAUUGGCAGAACUGGAGUUAUUGUUGCUCAUCGUUUGUCAACAAUCAAGAAUGCCAAUAUAAUCUACGUUUUUGAUGCUGGUGUCAUCGUUGAACAAGGAACACAUGAUGAAUUAGUUCAAAAGGGAGGAUUCUAUUACAAGCUCGUUUCAAGACAACUCACUCAGAAAGAUAUCAUUAAGGGAAGUGCAGCUACUCAGAAGAAUGAGAAUUCAACAGAAAGCAACAAAAACAGCACUCCGCGUUCACAAAGAGAACAAGUUAAACCACUUCCUGAGCCAAAGAAUGAGAAGAAUAAGAAGAAAGACAAAAAGAAAGAGAAAAAUGAAAGGAAGGAAAGUGAUUCAGACUAUAGCUACGCUGAUUACUAUUCAGGAUUGUACACUUCUGGUGAUAGCUCUGACAAAUAA